AUGCCAUCAAUCCUACAAUCAGUUGUGCUGGGCCUGGCAUCAACGAGUCUCGCCCAUGGACACACCCAUGCCACCGUGAACGCCGACUACAUCGUCGACGUGCAUUCCCACGUAAUCCCUCCGAUCUGGAAGGAAGCUCUGAUCUCCGCCGGAUACCCACUACAAAAUGGCACGCUGUACGUGGACGAUUUCCCCGUGCCAGACUGGACGCUGGAAUCGCAUCUCUCGACCAUGCAAGCACGCGGCAUCAACUUCUCGACCGUGAGCGUCACCGCUCCAGGCGUAGCCUUCCUCGCGCACGACUCGCACGCCGCGCACCGACUAGCCCGGACGAUCAAUCUGCAGAUGCACAAUUGGACCCAAACCCACCCGACCAAACUGGGCGCACUCUGCCUGCUGCCACUGCCGCACGUGAACGAGUCCCUUGCCGAACUCGAAUUCUGCCUCGACACUCUCGACUUUCCCGGCGUAGGCCUGUACACCAACUUCAACGGCAGCAUCUACCUGGGUGACGCGGUGCUAGACCCGGUCUUCGCGGCGUUGCACGCCCGCCGCGCCACCGCAUUUGUGCAUCCAGCGGCUCCGGCCUGCACCGCCGUCGCGCGCGGCUAUCCCAUGCCGCUGACCGAGUACCCGUUCGACACGGUGCGCGCGAUGGAGAAUCUGCUCCUGACGGGCCAGCGCGCGCGGUAUCCGGAUGUGAAACUCAUCUUCGCGCAUGGCGGCGGCGCGAUGCCGUAUCUCGCGCCGCGGAUUGCGGGCCUCGCCUCCAUGGAGUUUAUGGGCGGGCUGAGCCUGGCGGACUCGUUGGCUCAGCUGGCCGGGUAUUAUUUCGAGACCGCGUCCGCCACGUCGGCCGUGCAGCUGGCGGCGAUGAAGAGCUUCAUCGGCGUGGAUCGGGUCCUGACCGGCACGGAUUAUCCGUACGUCCCCGGGAAUCAGAUCGCGGCCACGCUGCCGACGAUCCAGAAGAAUGGCGGUUUUAAUGGCUCGGAAAUGACACAGAUUCAUGCGAGAAAUGCGUUGGGCUUGUUUCCGCGGGUCGCCGAGGUGCUUGGCUUUCUGUAG